AUGAAGCGCAAACAAGCAGGCUCCGGUCCUGACGAUGACCAACCUAUCGUCUCGACGCCCAAGAGGCAGAAAACCGCAAGGAUCGAUGACUCCAUAAAUGGUCAUGACGCCGGUCAUGGCUUCCCCGAAGCAAGUCCGUCAAAGCAAUUGAAAUCGACACCUCAAAAACCCAGCAGUGCUGCAACCCCAGCCACUCUAAAAGCAUCCGGUCUUAAGACCCCUACACAGAAAUCCAGGGCAAAGGCAUUGUUUUCGACACCGACCAAGGCCACCGCGGUCGCUACACCUUCCCGAGCACGAAAUGCAGACCGGUCUGCUAAGAAGAAGAGUGCACGUCUCUUACUCGAGCAGGAUGAUGAAGACAUUUGGGAUGGAGGUGAUCGUUUGGCAGAAGAGAUCUUAGAGGAUGAGAAUGAGAACCUGGAUACUACGGGUGAUGCAGACAAGGGGUUGGCGGAGACGGUAGAGGGAGAAGCUUCGGAAAGCAAGACUGAAGCGACACCAAAACGUCGUGCAGGACGACCAAAGGGUGCUAGGAAUAAGCGUUCUCCAACCCCCGAAGGAGAACUACCGGCGCAUGAGCGAUACUUCUUCCAGAACAGGGCUGGCCCCGCUCGCACAUCGAACAACAACUUGAACAAAGUGUCGUUGCUGACGCAUGAGGAGUAUUUCGAGACGCUGUCGAAGUAUGCGGAUCCAUGCAUGCGAGAAAAAGAGUUCCUGCUCAACCUUCAUCAUCGAUCAUUCCCACAGUGGAACUUUGAGUUUGAUCAGGAUUUCAACAUUUGCUUAUACGGAUACGGCGCUAAACGCAGGCUCCUGCAGCAGUUUGCAGAUUGGCUUUAUCAACGACAUAGCCCGGCCCCUUCGAUUGUCAUUGUAAACGGACAUACCCCCAAUAUCUCCAUCCGAUCGAUCUUUGCUAUGAUCGUUACUGCCGUCCUUGGGGCUGAUAUUCCAUCCAAGAUGGGCUCCCAGCCAAUUGAAGUAUUGGAGCUGCUGCAGUCUGUUCUGAAAUCACGGCCAUCUCAACAACCCAUCACCGUCCUGAUCAAUUCUAUCGAUGCCCCUCCCCUCCGGCGAGCAGUGAACCAAGCUCUUCUCGCUCGACUCGCUGCAACGCCUAAGAUACGUUUACUUGCGACGGCGGAUACACCCAACUUUUUGCUCAUGUGGGAUAUCAGUCUCCGCGACCAUUUCAAUUUUGUUUUCCACGACUGCACCACAUUUGCUCCCUUUGAAACGGAGUCAGAUGUGGUUGAAGAGGUUCAUAAUCUACUCGGCCGUAAGGGCCGUCGUAUCGGAGGCAAAGAAGGUGUUGCGUUCGUCCUUAAAAGUCUUCCGGAGAACGCACGGAAUCUGUACCAAUUGCUUCUGACCGAAAUAUUGUCAAUGAUGGACGAAGGGCAUGUUUCGGAUGAUGAGAUGGAUGGUGCCGCAGGCCGGGAAGACGGUUCCAAAGACGAGACGGGCAUUGAGUUCCGGUUACUAUACCAAAAGGCCGCCGAAGAAUUCAUCGCUUCCUCGGAGAUGAUGUUCCGGACGCUGCUGAAGGAAUUUCACGACCAUCAAAUGAUCACAUCACGGAUGGACACAAGCGGAAUAGAGAUCCUGGGAGUUCCGCUGUCCCGUGAUGAGAUGGAAGGAGUGUUGGAAGAGCUAGUGUUGAGCUGA